UCCGCUCUGCCUGCGCUCACUGAAUCCAACAUGGAGUAAGGAGGAGAUGGGGCUCGUCCGGGGCCAUCCUCACCGAUACCAGCGCACCAUUUUCGGUCACCGCAUUCCAGCCCGGCCCGGCGGGGGAGGAGGUAGAGGAGGCGGCGGAGGAGGAAGAAGAGGAGGAAAAGAAAGAAAAGGCGUAGGAGGAGGAGGAGGAGAAGGUGGAGGUGGAAGAGGAGAUCGGAUGCGCCUCUUCGGAUGCGCUCCAGUAAUUGAGGAGUGAAGGGAGAAGAAGAAGAGGAGGAGGAGGUGGUGUUGGAGGAGGAGGAGGAGGAGGGGGAGACGGAGAUUCAUACAUAACACAAAUCGGGAUUCAAGAACCGAGCGCAGCGCGGGAGAGAACCGGAUCCGCCGCCGCUUCUGCCGCUGAAGGGCGAGGAAACAUGAAGACACCGCGCUGUGCAGCCGCGGCGGGAGCUCGUUAUUACCGGAGGUGAAACGGAAAAAAAUGAGCGAGGACACGCGCCCAGACGAUGACAGCUACAUUGUGCGCGUCAAAGCGGUGGUGAUGACCAGAGACGAUUCGAGCGGCGGCUGGUUGGCGCAGGACGGCUGCCUGAGCAGAGUGGGCGUGUGCAGGCUGCUGCCGAGCGAACUGCUGGGGCGCAACACCUUCCUGAUCCAUGGAGAACGCCUCAAAGACAAGCAGGUGAUUCUGGAGUGUUUCCUAAAGAAGGAUCUGGUCUACACGAAGGCCACGCCGACCUUCCACCACUGGAAGGUGGACAACAGAAAGUGUGGUCUGACCUUCCAGAGCCCGGCCGACGCCAGAGCCUUCGACCGUGGGGUGAGGAAGGCCCUGGAGGACCUGACAGAAGGGUCGACCACGUCCUCAUCGACGCUGCAGAAUGAGGCGGAGCUCGGCGACGAUGACGUCUUCACGACGGCCACCGACAGCUCGUCCAACUCGUCCCAGAAGAGAGAGCCGGCGAUGCACACGGUGGCCCCGCACAACUUCUGCGAGGCCCGACGGCACCACUGCAUCCUGGGACAUUUCUACGAGCAGCACCGGCCCUCUGAUCACUACUUCCUGGACCAGGCGGUGCACAUGUUCCCUCGUCACGUCAGCUUCCAGGUGGAGGAGGAAGAGAUUGUACGCAUCAACCCCCGCGAGCGGACCUGGCUCACGGGCUACGAGGACUACCGCCACGCCAACUCAACGCGUGACAAACUCACCCAGCCCGACAACCUCGACGCCUACGUACACUUUGCCAAGAGUGAGCCUCCCAAACAUGACUACACAUACCCUUACCCGCUGAGCUGUGACGUGCAGCGAGGCUGCGACGGCAAACCUGGCUGCCUGGAGCUGGGCAGCGGACACCGAGCGGUGGUGACGGUGCAGCCGCGCGCCCUACAGCCCAAAGGCAAGAGGCGGAAGGAGGAUGGCGAGCGCUCGCGCUGCGUUUACUGUCAGGACAUGUUCAACCAUGAGGACAACGGGCGGGGCCGCUGCCAGGAAGCUCCUGACCCCAUUCAGACCUGCAUCAGGCGGGUCAGCUUCAUGUGGUGCGCAGACAGCCUGCUGUAUCACUGCAUGUCGGACCCGGAGGGGGAUUACUCGGACCCGUGCUCCUGUGACACCAGCGACGAGCGCUUCUGCCUGCGCUGGACGGCGCUGGUGGGUCUGUCACUGCUGGCGCCCUGCAUGUGCUGCUACGCCCCCCUCAGGGCGUGCUACCGCUGUGGCGUGGCCUGCCGCUGCUGUGGCGGGAAACACAAAGCAGUGGGCUGAGGCGUUGCAGGCCCCGCCCCCUCACAGUGGAAACAAGGACUCAUGGCAAUCAGAGGCCGCUGUGAUUUUGUUGUUGUUGUUUGUCUUGUCUCCGAUUUCCAGAAGGAGGAGGAGAAGAAGAACUUUGUCUCAACAGAUGGAAAAAAAAAUGUUCCCUGUUGUUUUUUCUUUUUAUGUCUUUUGUGAUAUUGGGAACCAAAAUGGCUCCCAAGUCUCACACUGACUGAUCAAAGAAUAUUCAUUUAUAUAAAGUUAUAUAUAUAUGUACAUUUAUACAUAUAUAUAUAUACAUAUAUAUGUAUAUAUAUGUAUAAACAGGUACUUUAUAUUUUUACACUCAUGUGUUUUGAAAGCUUGAAUUUGUCGUUUCUUCAGCAUCAGUAUGAAUGUUGUUGUGUUUGUCGAGGGAACUGCGUCUCACUGACAUGCUGCAAAACAUUUCAACCUUAAUCAGACAUUUUAGGACGCUCAGCUUAUUUCAGUAAAAAAAAAUACUUCUUUGAAGGGUUAUUUCAACAAUUAUAAAGUGGGUGUAUUCAGUUUUUGAUAAAAGUUAGAUGUGAAGAUGGAAAUCAAUAGGGAGCUGUAGGGACGACGUUUUUUCGUAGGCGUGGAAGUUAGCGUCGCCCAAAGCAGAUAAAAUUUUUCUACUGCAUUUGGGAAUAUUGCAUAAAAUAAGCUCUGUGGCAAACAAACGUUUAUGAUACUUACAAAUUUUGUUCAGCAAGAUAAUCUCCACGAAAACCAUUUUCAUAAUUACUGAAGCCUAAAUGCAAUCUUCACAAGUAAAAAGCUAACGUUAGCCAAUAAACAAACUACACUACAGUCACACGACUUCAACGUCACCACAACGAGGCUGUUAAGUCAUAUUUGGCGUGGCGAUGUUCUCUCGUGUCUCAUUUAGACACCUGUUGGCAACCGUCUUUCCUAAAAGUCUUAAAUUUCAUGAGCGCAGUAUUUACUGGCAUAUUUUAUGUUGUAGAACAAAAUGUGAAUAUCUUUUAAGCCUGUGUUCACCACAGACUUUAUUUCAGGCCUCUAACCAAACACCCAUUCAGAAAACCCACUGACUUGAAGACGAGGGAACCAGGAGUGCUGACACGCUGAUUCACAUCUGUGUCAAAGUUUUAAGACUCAUUCCUGCAGCAGUCUGUCUCGUGUCUGGCUGGUCAGUACAGCUGGAUGUCAGGAUAGUUAGCCUAGCUUAGCGUAAAUACUGGAAGCAGGGGGAAACAGCUAGCCUGCUCUGUCCAAAUCUCAUACACUUACCAACAGCUCUAAACCUACAAAGACAUAUGUCAUAUCUAGUUUGUUUUAUCUGUACACAAACAGAAAUGUAAAAGCAACAAUGGCUAAUGGCUAAGCUAGGCUAAUUAAAUAUCAGCUUGACACCAGCUCCAUCUUUAACACGCCAAGAUGAGCACGGUGUCCGUCUCCUCAUCAGAUCCUCAGCAAGACGGCUAAUUUAUCUCCAAAGUUCUUUUUGUUGUAAGCUAACGUGAAUUCUCUUCACACAGUUAGUCCUGCUGAUAAGGUGAAUGUUUUGCAGCUCCUGACGUUCCCUGACGUUCAGCAGAGGCACUUAACUGGUCUGAGAGCUGCUCUGCUUACCUCUGAGCAAACUGAGCAGGUAAACCAGUUUGGCUGACCAGUAAGAUGGCUGUUCCCAGUCCUGAAUAAUCCAGAAACAAAGUGACGAUGGUAAUUUGCAAAGCUGCACCUCAGCAUGUUGGAUUUAAUCUGAAUAAGAAAAGUUUUGUGCAGAUUAAUCACUCAGAGCCGAAUUCACAAAGAAUGAACUGCGGCCGCUGAUAGCACCUUGAAUUGCACUUCACUUUUACCCGCAGUUUGGUCCGUCUUAACGUCCUAUUCACAAAGGGUAUUGCGCUAAUGAUAUACCAGCGCAAACACACCCACAAAGUUUGGCAGCUGAGUGCAGUUUGCCCCUGAUUGCAAUUAGCCACGCGGCAAAGUAUAAAUGCUGGCUUUGCACCAAGAACACCGUGGCAGAACAAUGGCAGACUUUGUUUGGCAAAGUACUGAACACUGUAUCCCCUCAUGUAGUGACGUCUGCUGGUGAGUCAGUCUAACAGUGUCGGAUGGGUUGAGGCUGUGGAUUUGACCAAGUUUGACCACUUUAUCACUAUUCCCUCUCACCUGUAGCUGUUUUUUCGUUAUCUUUUGAAUUUAAUAUGAAUUAUGGAACCGGUUUUGUUCACGUUUGUUUCCCCCGUUUCGUAAAAUAAAUUAUUGAAAGUUGCUUUUGAAGUCCGUGACAGAAGUGCGUUUUGAGAACGACCGCAGACUGUCACCUGCUCAACGCAUCAGUAUCUUCGGAUGCCAUUAAAGUAAUAAUGAUUAUAAUAAUAAUGUCAAAAUAUUAUUUACAGACUGAUUUAACAGACGAUCACUGCUGCCACGAUCACUGGAAAGUCUGGGCGAGAGGCUUCCACAGAGGAGCGCCCAGUUUGCACCAGCUUUCUAAAGACGUUAUUUACUUCACUCAAACUGCGUGUGGCUGUUAGCGCUGGUGUUAGUGCAUAAGACGUUGUUUAUCAGUGAGGCUCAUUUGCAUAGAAAUGGGCAAUUUUUCCGCCAAAUAUAUGGAUAUUACCUCAUUUAAAUACGUGCAAAUAACAAUCUGCUUGGCAGCACAGUUAGUGGAGCAUUUCACCCUCUGCCCGUGCUUUGUGAAUUAGACGGUAUCUGUUUGCUCCAUUUUUACCGGUUUAGCGGCCGCAAAAGCCACGCAAUCCUUUUGUGAAUUCGGCCCUCAGUUUUUUCAGCUACAAAACACAAUUUGGACAGUUUAACCCAACUGACACAUCCCCUGCUGUACUGGUCAUACUGGUCGGUCUGCACUGGUUUGGUGUUUGGAGGUUUGUUUGAUAAGAAGAACAAAAACCCCAGUAAGAACAAAGCUCUGUGUGUGUGUGUGUGUGUGUGUGUGUGUGUGUGUGUGUGUGUGUGUGUGCUGUUGGUAUAAUUAUCAACAUAAAGGCUGGAAAAAUCCCUGAAAAGCAUCGUAAUAUUUGAGUUUCACAAACUUAUCUGAAACUUACAUUUCUUCACUAAUUCUCAUUUUUUGUAUUUCUUGUAUUGGCAAGUUUCAUCCAGACACAAUACAGCUAUCUUUAGAAAUUAUUUAGCAAAAAGAUUUUCAAAAACUUUGAAGACAUGAGACAAGUCGGUCCCACAACAUUUUUUUGUGAAAUGAGCACAAAGUCCAAAAAAAGUUUUAGAAAUAUGCAUUUAGAAAGCAUUAUAAACAUGUCAGCAAUGGACAGUUUCAUUUUCAGGAAAAUGUUUUUGUGUAUUUUUGCCUUAAAGCUUGAGCGUGGAACUUUUGUCUCCCCCUCUGGCAUUGAGAGUAAUCACAGUAACACUCAGUACGUUUACAUGACAUCAGAGAAAAUUGAUUUAUUGUCAGUCUGACUAAAUCAGACUUUUAAAACACAUGUAAACAUGUUGACUGAAAUCGUACUGAAGUGAAUUUGUCACAGUGGGACUAACACACCCAGAUCAUGUGACUCCUGCAUGUAUACAGUCAAUCAGACCCAAACUGGCCGAGGCACUCUGAGCAUGCUCCACAGUUUCCUCCCCGGGCUUUGACCCGGAAGUCCAACAGCAUUAAAUGUGUAAGAGAAGAAGAAGCCGGUAACAACAUGGAGAAAUCUACAUCCAGAGCCGUGACUUUUUGGAUGGACCAAAUGUACAGAGCUGUAAAGUUGUCCACCAUGGUAGCAGUUAGCAGCUAGCUAACCGUAGCUAACUUGUUUGUCCAUUGUUUGGUCUGUGACGUAAUAGGUCAACAGGAAAAAAGGCCAACACUAACAAGCUGAAAGGGGGCAUAUCUCCACCUAUCGUAGAGGAGUUCUCUUUGACGUUUGAGUUCUCUCUUUUCUACUUUUAGCCGCUGCUCCAUCACUAUGGUCUCUAGUCCUUCCUUUUCUCUGUCUUAACUUCAAACUGUCAACAUGCACAGUAUCAGAAGAACACAUCAGAGUCACACACACAUGAAGCAUUGAGAAAAUUAAUUGUAGUAAUGAAAAGAGAAAGACAACAAAAACAUGAUGAAUGUAAUGAAAAAUAAAAAAAGAAAUUGAUCCUUGCAGUAAAUUACUUAACUUUAGCUACAUUCACAUCAAACACAAACAAGAGACAUUCAAACAUACGGCAAAAAACAAAAAAUAUAAAAAUAAAUACAUCUUAAGAUUUUAUUAAAACAUGUUUUAAUUUCACAGUAAAGAGCACCGUGUCGCCAUCAAUCAAUAAUUUAAGGAGUGCUCUCAUUAUAAAGAGAUUGUUUCAGGCUUAAUUCUUUAACCUCCAUUUUAAGACUUUGUGCUGAUUUCACAGAAACAUGUGAGUCUUUGUUGAGAGGCCUGAGCACGGAGUGGUUGUGAUUCUCCCGAAGCUAAAACUAGUGAAUAAGCUGCCGCGGUUCUGUUCACACAGACUGAAAGGAACCAAAACCUCAGUCGUCAUCAC